CCGCGCCCGCGCGGGGGGGGUGCCAGCCAGCGCGGCGCGGCGCGGCGCAGUUCUUUAGUUUCAACGCAAUAAGUGUCAGAUCAACGACGUGUCGCUUCAUUCAUUAUCAUUGUAACUAAUUUCAAUACAUAUCUAUCUGCAACUCAACCGUGCCUCAUUGAAGCGAACCCUUCUAACAAGUUCGAGCCGGAUAUGCUCUUUGCCGCCUUGGGAAGAAAAACAUCGAGACGAGGCGCACAAAGGCGUAUAAAACGUUGAAGAGGUCAAGCGGGACACGGGUUGCCGCGCGGCGCGUUUAGACAAAGGCGUGACUCAUCUGCUACUGCACAAUCAAGAAAUAAUCGCUGUGCUGUUAUGCUGCCUAUAACUCAGUAACUUUGAAGAUUCACAUUGAAAACUACCUAGAACAAUUCCGUCGUCUGGAUCGAGAAACCAGGAUAAGGGGUUUGCAGUGUGGGAUUUGUGACGGACCGAGGGCGGUCAAGGUCAGCGGCGCCGGCGCGCGGCCUACGUAACUCGCGACACUCGCGGUGUUAAUUGUACCUACCCUCUCUGCUUCGCACGAUUUCUGCCGCUGCUUGCCUGCAACUAUUUUUUUCUUGCCUGCCAUUUUAAACAAUUUAAGUAUUGCACAUUUUUUCUUUCCAUUUCACGAUUUCAGUUAUUAUAAUUUAUAAUCACUUCGCUUUCAGUUGGACAGUUUGAGACUGAUUUGAUUGCAUUCAUUUUCUUACACAAUGGAUCUUAAAUCACUAAAGAAAACCAGGGCUAGCUAUAAAGCAAAGCUUACUAUAUUCAAAUCAUACAUUGAAACACUUUUGCCUAAUAAAAUUCUUAAUAGCAUUCAAGUUUUUGAAAUAACAGCUCGCUUAAAUAAAAUAUUAGAUUUAUACAGCGAGUUUGACUCUGUGCAGACGGAUAUUGAAGCUAUUGUGGAAAUUCCAGGUGAUGAGCACAAGGAACGGGAAAUAUUUGAAACAAGCUACUUCGGCUGCGUAGCGGUCGCACAGGAGCUGCUGAGCGCUGCCUCUGCGGAGCAGGAGACCGGAUCGGUGGCGAGUUCUGGUGCCAACGCUGGAAAGCCGGGUGGGCCAAACAUUAAAUUACCUACUAUCAAAUUGCCGAUCUUUUCUGGACGCUAUCAGGAGUGGCUAGAGUUUCACGACACUUACAAAUCACUCAUACACGAUAACACAUCUAUACCCAAAAUUCACAAAUUUCAUUAUUUGCGAAAUUCAUUAAAGGAUAAUGCAGCGUUAAUUAUUAAAUCAUUGGAAUUCUCUGCAGAUAACUAUGAUGUUGCAUGGGAGUUACUAUGCGAUCGAUAUCACAACGAUCGAAUUUUAGUUAACAAUCAUAUACAGGAAUUAUUUAAUAUACAACCAGUAGUUGAGGAAUCUUCAAGGGCAUUAAGAAACACAAUAGAUUCAGUCAAUAGAAACUUAAGGGCUUUAAAAACAUUAAAGUUACCUACCGAACACUGGGACAUGAUUAUUAUACACAUGGUGACUAGUAAGUUAGACUCAUCUACAAUACAGGACUGGGAAAAGGAACGUAAUAAUAUUACGCACCUACCCACUUUAAAUGAUUUCAAUACAUUUUUAAAGAAUCGUGCUGACAUACUAGAAACCGUGGAAGAAUCAUCAGCGCAUAAAAAACAGCAACAGACACAACGUAGACACAGCGAUAUCACUCACAACCGUCCUAAGACAUUCCUAGUUAGUCAAACACAAAAACAAGCACAAUUUAAAUGUCCUGUUUGCAAGGGUAAUCACACUAUUUACCAAUGUACGAAGUUCAAAUCAAUGCCGAUUGAGACGCGUAUUGAACGAGUCAAACAAUUAAAUUUAUGCACAAACUGUUUGCGUUCAGGACAUGAUGAGCAGCGUUGUAGGCUUAAUUCCUGCAGGCUGUGCACACAGCGUCAUAACACAAUGUUACACAAUAAUAUGACGUUUCCCAAUGCAACAACUUCAUCAGAAGGUUGUGUCGUUUUACCCACUGUGCAGGAACAGAAACAAACACCAUCAAGUAGUGUCACACUCUCAUCUAUACAUCACUGUCAAGUACUCUUAUCUACUGCUGUGAUUAACAUACAAGAUUUGCAUGGUCACACACACAAGGUUCGUGCACUGCUCGACAAUGGAAGCACAUCUAGUUUCAUCACAGAAACAUUGCUAAUUAAAUUAGGGAUACCCAGUUAUUCCACUUCUCUGUUAGUGCAAGGAUUGAACAAUCAGUCCUCACAAAUUACAAAAAGAUGUGACGUCACAAUAUCGUCACUCUCACACAGUGGUUAUACAACUGAUGUCAAUUGUUUCGUUGUACCACAUAUCACCCAGUUGAUACCUACAUCACAAAUUAAUUGCAAUUCUUUUUCCAUUCCCCCUCGCAUUCACCUCGCGGAUCCAAGUUUCUCAACACCGUCAGAGGUGCAGAUGUUGCUAGGGGCGGACAUCUUUUGGGAUGUCCUUCUAAACAAUCAUAUUGCUCUUGGUAAGAACAAGCCAACUUUGAUUGAAACAACAUUAGGGUGGCUCGUCACAGGCUCAAUACAAUCUUAUAAAACUACACAUAACACAAAUCAAUCACAUACAGUCCAUUGCCAUUUUUCAAACACUAAUGAAAUUGAAAGGAAUUUAGACAAGUUUUUUGAACUAGAAUCAGUUCCCUCUACUCAACAAAUCCACACAAAGGGUGAGAGUGAGUGUGAACAAAUUUUUAAACAGACGACAAAGCGCCACCCAGAUGGCAAAUUCAUUGUCACAAUACCAUUCAAGGAAUCACCUGAAUCCUUAGGCGAUUCCAAACAGCAAGCUCUAAUACGUUUUAAAGCUUUGGAACGUAAAUUUAAAAGAAACCCUGAGUUCAAAGAAAAAUAUACACAGUUUCUUUAUGAAUAUUUAACUCUAGGUCACAUGUCAGAAAACACAACUACACACAGCGAUAACAUUUCAUAUUUUAUGCCACACCACGGUGUGCUGCGAGAAGAUAGUUCCACUACAAAGUUACGCACCGUCUUUGACUGUUCAGCUAUGACAAGCACGGGCAAGUCACUGAACGACAUUCAGCACAUUGGGCCAACUGUACAGGAUGAUUUACUUACUAUAUUAAUUCGAUUUCGACAGUAUAAGUUUGUAGUAACAUCAGACAUAGAAAAAAUGUACAGACAAGUCUAUGUAAACAAUAGUCAACGAUGUUUACAACAAAUAUUUUGGCGAUCAGACACUAGCCAACCAAUCAAACAAUACAAGUUGAAUACUGUCACAUACGGGAUGGCAUCAGCACCGUAUCUAGCAACUAGAUGUCUAGUCCAGUUGGGCCAAGAAUGCACUGACAAAGACGUGCGUGAAUCAAUUUUACACGACUUUUACGUAGACGAUUAUAUUUCUGGUCAUGAAGAUGAAAACACAUUAAUACAAAGAUGUAAAAGCGUCAUUCAGGUGUUAGAGGGCGCUCAUUUCCAUUUACGUAAAUGGCGGUCUAAUAAACCGUCUAUCGUUGAUGAUAUUACCAUCAGUGAAACCAACAAACCAGAUGAUGUAUCAAACCUAAACAAGGUUGAUCAUGCAAAAACAUUAGGCUUACUGUGGACCUGUACAAAGGAUACAUUAUUAUUCUCAGUAAAUAAUAUUUCAAAACCCAAAACCAUAAACAAACGCACAAUUCUAUCCACUAUUGCUCAAGUGUUCGAUCCACUUGGUUUAAUUAAUCCUUGCAUGUUACAGGCAAAACUUAUACUGCAAACACUGUGGGCUAAAAAUAUUACAUGGGAUGACCAGUUACCUGCAGAAGCUGAGUCACAAUGGCAUGAUUUUAUUGAACACUUACCCGAAAUUACUAAAAUUGAGAUUCCUCGUAGAGUAUUGGGUGAUUCAUACAUAAAGGUCGAAUUACACGCAUUUUCCGAUGCUUCCAUUAAGGCCUUUUCAGCCUGUGUAUAUGUACGUACAGUUUCCGACACUGGAAAUGUACAAGUACGACUGCUACUUUCAAGGAGCAGGGUGGCGCCACUAAAACAUAAGCUCACUGUGCCCAGGUUAGAGCUGUGCGGCGCCCUUUUAGCUACAAGAUUAAUGGAUAAGGUAGUAAAUUCAUUACGGUUGAAAUUUGACUCUAAAUUUUAUUGGUGUGACUCAACUAUUGUGCUAAGCUGGAUAAAAACAUGCAAAUUAAAUUUAAAACAAUUUGUUUACAAUAGAAUUAAUGAGAUUACUAAUAAUUCUGAUCCUAAUUCAUGGAACUAUAUUCCCACAGAAAUGAACCCGGCUGACAUAGGUUCGCGCGGGCUCAACGCGUCACAAUUACAAUCUUCACUUUUGUGGUGGGGAGGUCCCCACUUCCUACACCAAACAGACAUGCAGUUGCCUACACAACCACAAAAUAUAAACAUUAGUACUUUGCCGGAAAUUAAACAUCAAUGUCAUUUGUCAACAGAUGAAUCACAUUGUGACAAUGUUAACUACUUCAUGAAAUUUUCUGAUUUCAGUAAAUUACAACGAACCGUAGCGUACGUUAAAAGAUUUAUCUUUAACUGUCAACAUACUAGUAAUAAAAUGACAGGUCCAUUGACCGUCAAAGAGCUCAAUUCUGCUUUGGAAGUAUUAUGCAAACAAGUACAAAGUGAUUCAUAUUGUAAACAAUACUUACAGUUGCUUCAGAAACGCCCAUUGUCUCCUAAAGACAAACUUUUAAAAUUAAAUCCAUUUAUUGACCACGUAGGUGUCAUAAGAGUAGGAGGUAGAUUAUCAAACUCACACUACGACUAUAACACAAAGCAUCCGAUUUUACUCGACGCAUCACAUCACAUAACAAAAAUAUUAGUUGCACACUAUCACAAAAUUCCUUUACAUGCUGGACCACAGCUGUUGUUAUCAACAUUACGUCAUAAAUACUGGAUAGUCAAUGGUCGUAAUCUUUGUAGAAAAACAACUCGGAAUUGCAUAUCUUGCCUCAGAUUUGCAGGAAAAACUUACCAGCCUAUCAUGGGCAAUCUACCUAUACAAAGAUUGCAAGCAGAUUAUCCUUUCACUAAUACAGCUGUAGAUUAUGCUGGUCCUAUCAUGAUGGCGAGCAGAAAGGGUCGUGGCUGUCAGUUAAAGAAAGCAUACAUAGCUGUUUUUGUUUGUCUAGCAGUAAGGGCAGUGCAUAUAGAACUCGUGACCGAUUUGAGUUCUGAAGGCUUCAUUGCAGCCUUAAAUCGGUUUGUUGCUCGCAGAGGUAAGCCAGCGAUAAUAUAUUCAGAUAAUGGGACUAAUUUCGUGGGCGCUUGCAACGAAAUAGCUAAGUUUCUACGAAAUCAAUCUAACGAUGUUACUUCAUAUGCUUCUGAAAAUGAAAUCAGUUCAAAUUUAGUCCGGCCUACAGCCCACAUUUUAAUGGCGUAGCAGAAGGGUCGGUUAAGUCAAUUAAAAAACAUUUAAAUCACAUAUUAUCAAUGGCUCAUUUAGAUUACGAAGAAAUGAACACUGUAUUGGUUCAAAUUGAGGCAAUUCUGAAUUCUAGACCUCUCACUCCAAUUUCAUCUGAUCCAUCAGAUUUAGUUCCACUCACGCCAGCGCAUUUUUUGAUUGGGCGGACAUUAACUAUGCUGCCUGCUCCCCAGGUCGAGAAGGCUCCACUUCAUACGCUCUCCAGAUACAAACGGCUACAAUCUUUAAAAACACAUUUCUGGAAUCGAUAUUACAAGGAGUACGUUUCAGAUUUGCAGAUCCGAAACAAAUGGCGUACAGACAAAGGACAACCACAUCCAGGAGAUAUGGUCGUCAUCAAAGACGACCGACUGCCGCCCAAC